AUGCUGGACGACCUGCAUAUUUCGCGUCUUCUUGCUAAAGCCACAGAGUACAUCAUUAACAACGCACAUGGGGUGUUUCUCUGGGUGAAACUUGUUGGAGAUCGACUAAAGUCUUCUAUAGAAGUCGGCGACUCGGAGGACACCAUUUUUCAAUGUCUCCAACAGCUUCCAACCGAAUUGGACGAUUUCUACAAGCUGAUGUUUGAGAGCUUGAGUGAGAAUAAGCCAUUCAUCUCAGAGUCAAGAUCAAUGUUCCAAAUCGUUCUCUGGGCGGUAAGGCCACUUACGGUGAACGAGCUACUGCACGCUUUGGGGAUCUUGCGUACU